AUGACCCGGCAGUAUGAAGACCACAUCCUCACGACCCGCGGCACUGUCCCGGAGAACCGCCACCGCGUCCACGCCGCCAUAGUCGACGCCGAGAACAACGUCCUCCUCGCCGUCGGCGAUCCCGAGCGAGUGACGCUCGUCCGCUCGACCAUCAAACCAGCCCAAGCCCUCGCCAUCCUCGAGACGGGCGCCCUCAGCCCGGCCACAGACCCAGCCUUCACAGACGCCGACCUCGCCCUUGUCUGCGCCUCCCACAGCAGCGAAGACCGCCACGUCGCCCGCGCCUCAGCCCUGCUGGCGCGCGUCCCUGGCGGCGCCACGGAAGCGGACCUGCGCUGCGGCGGCCACGACGCCGUCUCCCCCGAGGUGAACCGGCGCUGGAUCAGGGACGGCUUCGUCCCGGGCCCGCUGUGCAACAACUGCUCGGGCAAGCACGCCGCCAUGCUCGCGGGCGCCGCGGCGCUCGGGGCCGGGUUCGCCGACUACCACUUGCCCACGCACCCGAUGCAGGCGCGCGUCAGGAGCGUCGUCGAGGACCUGUGCGGGCUGUCGGGCGAUCAGGUCCUCUGGGCGAUUGACGGGUGUAACCUCCCCGCGCCGGCGGUGCCUCUGCGGAACCUCGCAAUGACGUUUGCUCGGUUCGCGGCCGCGGCGGAUGAAGUGGCGCACAAGUCGGCCGGAGCGGCGGCGACGACACCGUCUGCGCGGACGGAGAAGAUGGCAAAGAUAUACCAUGCCAUGGCACAACACCCGGAAAUGGUCGCCGGAGAGGAUCGGUUUUGCACCAUUCUCAUGGAACUCUUCGGUGGGGCGCUGAUUGGGAAGCUUGGUGCCGAUGGAUGCUACGCUAUUGGCAUUCGUGAGUCGGAGCAUACGAGACGCCUUGGGGCUAAGGGCGCGCUUGGUCUCGCUGUCAAGAUUGAGGACGGCAGUAUCGAGAUCUUAUACACCGCUGUCGUCGAGAUUCUCCUGCAGCUGGGAAUCGAGAUACCUCCCGGCGGCGAGGAACUGCUUAAAUUCCAUCAACUGAAGCGGAAGAACACGUGGGGAGUAGAGAUCGGUGUCGUCACACCUGUUUUCAAGGUACGAGCAGCUUUAGCUGGGGAAGUAUGA